ACACCGCCCACACGGGCGCAGUUGCCGUGGUGACGGUUGCUCGGGGCAGCGCGUCCCCGGCAUUCCUGGGUGAGUGACUGCAGAGGCGCCUUCGUGCUCAGGGUCCGAGGUAGAGCGAAACCGGUCCAGCCUCAGCCCCAGCUCCGGUCCCGGCCCCAGGCCUGGGCUCCUCUGCUUGGCACAGAAUGGAAUCUGAGGAAGGGAUGCAUGAGACUUUACGGCUUCAGUUUAAGGCCCUACAGGAACAGCAGUACAAGAGGUUUCAAAAACAGAUGGAGAAAAAAAAGGCAAAAGUUGUGGCCUGUAAAGGAGACAAAAAUGAGCCAAAGGAGUCAUUUGGAAUCCAGAAUGAGCUAAACUUACUUCGAGAGGGUAGGGAGUCGGCCAAAGAUACCUUCAACCAAAGAUUGUUUGAAGAAGAAAUUGAACAACUCCAGGAACAGCUCAGAGAAACUGUAGAUGAAAAUGGAAGAUUGUAUAAACUGCUGAAGGAAAAGGACUUUGAAAUAAAGCAGCUCAAAAAGAAAAUAGAAGAAGACCGAUGGGCUUUCACAGGGACAUCAGGUAUGGCAGGAGAUGUCAUUGCAACCAAAAUUGUGGAGCUGUCUAAGAAGAAUCGGGACUUGAGUGCCGAGACAGAGAGUGAAAAAACCAAAGUGAAACAACUGCAUAACCGUGUCCGAGAUCUGGAAAGAGAACUACAGACAGCUAUGACAAAAAUCCAGGUACAAGGAGGCCGAGAUUCAGCCACCAAGCAGCUUAAUCCCAGGACAAUGGAAGGAAGCUUGGUUGAAAAUCCAGAGCUGAAAACUUUGCAAGACAAACUGGCUUCAGCAAACUUAAAGAUGGUAGAAUAUCGCAACCAGAUCCAGAGUAUCAAACAGGAGCUCAAAGUUGCACAAAAGGUUUUAGCAAACGAAGUUGGGGAGGAAGUCAACGUUCAGCAACUGUUAUCUUCCCCUGGGACUUGGCGCGGUCGGGCCCAGCAGAUUCUUGUUUUGCAGAGCAAGCUUCGAGAGCUUGAGAAUCAAUUGGGUCUGAUCCGGAAUCGUUCCCUUAAUAAUGAAGAGGAGAUGCCAAACCACUCAGAAACAAAGAAAAUUUCAGCUCAAGAGAAAAACCUUUUGAAGAUUCGUGUCUUGGAGAAAGAAAAGAAAGAUUCAAUUGAGAGACUCACAAAUGAGCGAGAUAUUCUCCAAAAAGAAAAUGAAGAACUAAAAAGAAAAUGUGAUGGUGUAAAAUCUCGGAACAAAGUGUUAUCCAAUGAAAUCAAAACACUUAAGAGCCAAACUACAACCCUGUUUGAGAAAGGCAAACAUGAUGAUGAGCUCAUAGAUGCUUUAAUGAGCCAGCUAAAGCAGCUGCAAGACAUCCUCAGUAAACUCAGCCACCAGGAUGAAAAGGCCAAAGAGGUUCAGCAGAACUUGGGCCAACAGCUGACCAUCGAGGCCCAGAAAAACAGCUGUCUCAUAGCCCAGCUCCGGAACAUGGUGGCUGAACGAGAGGCCAAGGUUCAGGAACUGGAAGAAGAAAUUGGUCACCUCACUCUUCAGCAUGUUCACAAGGAUCGAAGUGAGGACUCCAGUUUAAUGAAUGGCACCUUUCUGUCUCCCAAGUUUAUGGACGAGCCGAACUUUAACCCACUCAAACAGCCUCCAUCAGCCGGAGAUCACGUUGGGAGGGUCGGAGCUGCUCGCACCGUGAGCAGCCUCGGGCACACUCUGGUGGAAUCAUCAGUCACUCAACCCUCUCUCACCAGCCCUAUUGUGUCACCUCGAAGGUUUUCAGAGAUGGAUUUUACAGACCUGAAAAGGAGUCAGAUGCAGAUAAUUGAAUUCAAGACCCUUUUACAGUCUGCUGAGGUAGAAAGGGACCGGCUCACGGAGUUUGUUUCUGUCUUACAGAAAAGGGUUGAUGAAGGGAACAACAGACUUCUGGAGACUGACAAGAAACUGCAGGAGGAGCGGCAUAGAUGUGUAGUUUUGGAGCAACAGCUGGAAAAAACCAAAAUGGACACAGGCAAAACCACGACUUCCCAGAAGUCAGCAACAAGGACCAAAGGAGGACUGCCUGCUAACUCAAGACAUAACCUAAAUGUGAAUGAGAGGAGGGACCUAUCCUUGGGUCAGCUCUCAGAAGUGCCACUGGAGUCGCAGGUAGAAGAGCUGACUGCCAGACUUGUAAUCCAGGCUGAAGAGAACGAAGCCUUAAAAGUUGCCAUGAACGACAUCCUGAAGGUGAAGGAGGAAGACUUCAAGGUGUACCAUGAGACUAUGAGCCAAGUGAAGCAUAUCUUCCUACAGGCCCUAAGGCAACAACAUGUGGAAAAAAACCAUUAACCACACCUCCAGGAAGGACCCUCGGGAAGAAACUGGGGAGGCAGAGCAGGACAGAUCAAAGCAGGACAGGGCCGCCUUCUAUCCUCAGUCAGCCAGGACACAGCCAGUGUCCUCCUGCUCUAGAAUCGGAUAGCCUCAAGUUUUGUUUGUCUGACUACAUCACUUGGAGAAUUGCAAAUGGAGGAGAAACAGGAUCCAGGAUGGGGAUUUGGCCCUGUUCCCAUCCCCUUAUGGUGCCAUUAAAAAUGAGUAAUCCCAGGUGAAGUCAGUUAAGGGCUAUUCCCUCCAGGUGAGACUAUGAUCAUACAAGUGGUUCUGGCAUCAUAUCAUAGUAUAGAAAGAGCUCACAAAGCACUUCAUAAAACUCUAGGAUGCAGAGAAUUCAAGGCCAUCCUACCCAAGAGGCUACAACAGCAGCUCAUAUGGGAUGUUGAGAUCAUAGGAUUCUAAAGUACAAAGUGAACUUGGGAAUGCUAGAGGAUGUGAUAGAAGAGGAGACAGCCCCAGAGAGGGCAAGGGACUUGGCCAAAGUCAUACAACUAGUAAGUGGUUGAGUGAAAAUUUGAAUCCAGGUCUCCUGAUUUCAAGGUCAGCCUACCAUGCUGCCCUGUUCACAAAGUGCCUUUUUUAUCCAUCAUCUUAUUUGAGGCCCAUUUUAGCCCUGGGUAGGAGGGAUGAUCCUCUUUGCCCAAGGAUACAUAAGUGUUUGAAGGUAGUAGGAUUCAUUUCAUUUCAAAUAAAAAUUUUAAAACAUUCAUUUAGUAUUUAUUGUGUGCAGGCCAUGUGCUCAAGACAAAGGGUUCAGAGAUAAGAAAUAGUACAGUCCCUGCCUUCAUGGGGCUUACAGCCUACCAGGUGGCAUAUGUCAUGCCCACAAAUCAAUGCAAUAGGAGGAAAAGUGUGAGAUAAGGGGCAAAGGAAGAAUCCAUACAGUGUAUACCAGGACAAUCUUGAGAUGGCAGAGAUCGAGCACUUUGACCUGACAGGGAAGGAGUCAAAACUGAAUUGGGCCUUGAAAAAAGAGGGAUUUCGAUAAAGAUGAGAGAAUGCAUUCCAGGAAUGGAAACAAUGACGGUAGGAGAAGGCAAAAUGGCAUCAGGAAACAGCUUAGUAGUCCAGUAGUCCAAUUUGGCUAGAGCAUCGAGUGUAUGGAGGGCUGUAACAAAGUAAUGCUGGAUAGGUAAGUUGGAACCAGAUCAUGAAGACCUUGAAGGCAGGGCAAAGGAGUUCAUAGUAUGUCCUAUAGAUGAGUCUGAAGGCCUUUGGACAGGAUAAUGAUGUGGGCAGAACAGCAAGAACUAGAUUAUGUUGGCAGAUCUAUGAGAUAUUGGUUGGAUAGGGCUUCUAACUCAGUUUACAACGCUCUUUCCACUAUCCCAGGCUCCCUCUUACAACACAUUUAUUGCUUUGAUCAAAGCUCCAAACAACAAACCCAUGAGGCCAACAUUCAGGCCAAAUCCUCCCUUCUGAAUCAAUUUAAUUUCUCACUGCCUAUAGACAAGGCCUUGACCCAGCAGGUAAGUCCUUGGAAAUACAGGACAAGGGCACUAGAGCAGAGGAAUCACCUAUUCAGGUAGAGCACAAAAUCUGCAAGUUUAUUUAGUCUCUAAAAGAAUGACAUUUGUAAUUUGUAUUAUAAUCCUCAAACGACCUUUACCAUAACAGAGGAAUUAAUCUUCCUAAUAGACUGUUCUGACCAUCACUCUGAUGCUCAAAAUCUUUGGGUGGCUCUCCACUGUCCUCAGGAAAUGAAGCUUCUCAGUGUGUCUGUCCUUCAAGGCCCUUCUGAUGUGACUCCCAUUUAUCUAUCCAGACUUAGUCCAUAGCAAAUCCCUUCACAUACUACAUUCCAUUCAGACUGGAUUGCUACUUGUUCCUUGAUCCCAUCCUGCUCUCUCUUGCCUCCUUAUAGUCGCUCAGGCUAUUCCUCCCUCCUUUCUACCUGUUGAAAAUUUUCUCUUAAAGCACAACUCAAAUGUCACAUCCACGAGGCCUCCCCCAACCUUAUUUGGAUCUCCACCCCCAGCAACCACCAUCACCACCAAAGCUGGAAACAUCUUCAGAUUCUGCCCCCUUUGUUCUUCCCCUCCCCACCGAAAAUCUGCCCCAUUGUCUCCUCGGCUCUUAUUUCCUAUUUUGGAUCCUUUGGGGGGGGGGCAUAUUUGUUGUAUUCUCCCCUCUCCUCAGUAAAAUGUAAGCUUCUCGAGA